AUGAACGGCCCACCCAACCCUCAAGAGCAGCUCGACUAUUAUGAAAUUCUCAGAGUCAAUGAACGCGCAUCGCGCGCAACAAUAGAGAGGUGUUACAAGCGAUUGCAGCAUGCAUACCAUCCUGACAGCAGAAGGGUUGGUGCUACACCUAGCACUGAGCACUUCCAGAGUAUUGGUGUUGCAUGGGACACCCUAAAGAAUACUGGCCAGAGACGGAGGUACGAUAGAGAUCACGCGCGGAUCCGGAGAGAGUGGGACAUCUACCGCAUCAGAAUGGGGGCGUGGGAAUCUAAGCAACGUGAAAAAGCACGACGCCAGGCAAAACCUCUUGAACGAGAGCGAAAGAUUGCAGAAGAGGAAGUAACCCUCGAAAAAGAGAGGCUAAGGGUAUCAGAAGAGAAAGCGGCUGAAGCGGCGAGACGACAUUCUGAACGCGUUAAGGCCGAGGAAGCACGUCGUCAAGAGCAAGCACAGCAAGACGAAGAAGUUCGGCGACGAGAAGAAGCAUUACGUGUACACGAGCGCGAGCGACUCCAAGAGGAACGGCGGCGACAACGAUUAGCACGAGCCGAAGAAGAGAAACGGAUCAAAGCUGACUGGGAGAGAGCUCAGAGAGAAAGGGGACUUGCCAAGGAUCAUUGUGCAUCGCGAGGUACCGCAGAUGAAGACGGAGCCCUCCGGACAUUGUGGCGAGAGAAGCAAGAGCGGACUCACGAACAGGCUAAGAGGGCCGAGGCCGCAUAUAAAGAAGCAGCCCAAGAGCGUCUAAGAAAGCAACAGGAGGAAUUACCUCGACCCAACGAAGACGACAAGCAGAAGCGGCUGAAGAGCGCCUUCGUCGCCAACAACACCACUCUAAAUCGCUCAAGCGGCCAGCUGACAGUGAUGUCGAGAAGAGCGGCUGAGAGAUGA